AUGUCGUUUAUCACUGUCGCCGACGGCAAUCCCGCCACAGAUAUGAUCAAACGGUUGCUGGGACAUAUCAACACGGAAGCUUCCCAGUUCAAGCGGUCCAAGGCAUCCUCAAAGCAGAUUUUAACCAAAGCAAACGCCGUCUACAAUGGGAUCGAGAAACAUAUCGAAGUUAUCAAGAAGAAAACGGAAAAGGCUGAAGAAGCGGAGUGGAAAAGUUUCAAGACAUAUACCGAGGCAAUCCCCCCUCUGGAAAGGUUGUUGCUCGACUACACCUACGAGAUUGGAGACAAGUCAUCACAGCUUGUCAGUCACUCGGAGCAUCUCAGUCACUCGUCCCAGGACAUUCCCAAGUCGAUUCUAUCCAUCGAGAGAUGGGCGAACGAUUGGAAGAUCACUGUCAAGAUCGUUGAAUUACUGAAGUCCAAUGAAUUCAAGGACUUAUCGGCGGAGCUGAAGACAAACCUCGAGACCGGUCUUGCAGAAUCGGUGAAACAGGAUGACAUCGAUAUGAUCAAGGAAGUUCAAAGCUACGCCAAAGGGUCUGAGCACAAGUUGACAGACGAUUCAAUCUUCGAGGCGGGGCCGGAAGACAAGAUGGUGACGGGUCUGACGGGCUUAAUCGACACAAUCGCAACUCAAGUGAACACCAAAUACGAUCAGGCUACCGCGCAGCCAGUCGUGAAGACCGUUUUGCUCGUUUACUUCCCGUUCGCAUUAACCGCAGACAAGGGGGUGGAGUCGAAGUGGGCUGAACAUCUCAAGUCCAAAAAAGUCUGGGAAGAGAUGAAACGUGUGCUCCAGGAGGUCGUCGGUCACCUAUCAGACAAACCGAAAUCUAAUGAGCAACUGGAAGGGGACUAUGAGGCGCUGAAGAAGGUCAUAUUCGACGUCACGAAACUGCCCGAACUAUUCGGCCCACAACUGCUCGAGAUGAUGAAGCUUGCCGCACAGGUUCGACGACCAUUCCAUGGACGAUCGGUUGUGCUGGUGUAUAUGUGGUAUCACCUGGCCUUGUGCGAUGCCGUCAAGGAAGAACGAUUACCCAUCAACCGCCGUGCCAUCACAACAAACCUCAAGCAGAGCAUUGAAUUCCUCACGUUAGCGUCGACGAAACUCCCUGAAGCAGCAACCUUCAAAGACGCGAGCGUGGUUCAGGAGCUGACAGCAAAGUUCACUAGCAAGUCUGCGGAAAUGCAGAAGCUCUACGGCCAGUACAAGCUGGACGAUAAGUGGACUACCCUCAUUAAGGUUCAGCUCGAGAAGGCCACCAAAGAAGAUAAGGACCAUUACGCACAGACAGAGGCGAGGUUGAAGGCACCAGCCCCCGUUAAGACUGGCUGA